UCCAUGAGCAUCUGGAAUCCUGGAUGGGGCCAAGAUGGGUGACAGGUUCUGAGCGGCAGGUGAUGCGAUGCGUCGCUCAUCUCCUCCACCUGCCUUGUUGAGAAGACCGUCUGCGCCUCGCCAUGGCCCAGCCCGUCACCCCAGACACGGUCCGGCGCCAACAGGCUCAUCGUUCUCCCACUCUAACCCUUGCGCCUACCAUGACGUUUUGCUGCCUUGUGGCCGGCGGUGAUCUCAGUGUUGCGGCAGAUGGUUGAAGAGGCCGUCGACGAGCAAGGCCUCGAUGGCCCCCGCAAGUACUGCCAUCCACGGUUCCAUGUAGAUCCGGCUGGUUCCCUCAGACACUCCAAGUCCACCAGUCCUCACGGGCGAACUAUCCAGGGUCUCGGCGCAACGAGCAGGGACCAGCGUCUCGGCUUUCCCUGGCUGACGGGGCGGGUUGUUAUUCGAUUUGGGCCCACGAAGAGGCGCGCCAGGACGAAGGAGCUGCUCGUCCCCGUCUGCUCCGGCUUCCCGCCACUUCCACCGGUCCCCACCGGGCUUCGCGAGGGGGGUAGUCGCAGGAGUAGCUGCAGGGAGAAGCUUUCCUCUUACAACCAACAGCUCUGCCCAGGGGAACACAAGCCCCUUUAUGUCCUAAGAGAGCCGGCUUCUGCCAUCUCCUCCCGCAGCAGGCGACGAGGCAAGGAAGCCGUCGAAGAGUCCUGGUCGGAUUCCCGAUCAUCUACGGUGCUUCUUGUAGAUGAAGACAAGCCCAACAUGUCGAAUUGCAUUAAUACGCUUUGAUUGCCAGAUGCAAAUUAAGCCGCUGUCUUGGACCCCCGGUUGGCGAAGCGUAGGCGGUGCAGGUAACACAUACACAGCAAACAUUGCUCUCCCCGGUUAUGGCCGUGUUGGAGCAGCCCAACCGUGCGAGGCGCAAUGAAGGAUGA